AUGAUUACUAUUUUGUUUAUAAUAAUUGUAUUAGAAUUUAAAAAAAAUGUUUUUUGUCUUAUGGAAAAGGAUGAUUUAAUACUUUGUAUUUCAGAAUAUAAUAACGAAAAAGAAUGUAACAUAACUACUGAAUUUGGUAAACAAGUAAAUUUAUAUUGUCCUACUGAUUUUUUAAAAAAUAAUGAAAGCAUAUAUUUUAACAAAAUUAAGAUAAGUAACGAUAAUAUAUGUUUUAAUAAUAUUAUGGUAAACAAUGAUAAAAAAUUAAAAAAAUUAGAAGAAUUAUUACCUGAUAUUAUUUUAUAUGAAGGUAAUUCAUUACACUUAUAUUCUUUCUUUAUACCUCAUAAUACAUAUGAAAAUAUAAUUUUUUCUUGUUAUUGUAUUGAUAAAGAUAAAAAAAAAGCAUUUAAAUUGAAUGUUAAAAUUUCAAAAAACACAAAAAAAGUGAAAAGUUGUAAUUUUUAUUAUUCAGAAAACAUAAGGAAAAAUGAAAAUCCUUCAGAAAAAAAUUUAUAUAUAAAACAUAAUAAUAAUUGUACUAUUGAUGGCAAUGCAAAUGAUACUAUCUUUUUUCAAUGUUCUAGUAAUGCAAAUAGUAAUUUUAUUAUUUCACCAUUAUUUUGUUUUCAUAUGGUUUUGGAUGAAAAUAAUGAAGAAACUAAUAUCUUUGGUUUGAUUAAUGGUGCUAAAGUAAUUCCAGAAUCUUUUUUUUAUUAUAAUGAUAAUAAAAAAAAAAAAUUGUCAUCUUAUUUAUUAUUACCAUCUUCCAUUCAAGAAACGUUAAUAAUUAAAUGCUCUUGCAUAAUUAUUGACUUUUCUUCAUCUGAUUUUUAUUCUGGUACUCUUUUUUUAAAUUUAGAAAAAAAUUCUAGUUUAUUUGCUUAUAAUAUAUAUAAUAAAGGAAAAACUGAAGAGAAAAUAAAUAAGAAAAUACCAAAUAGGAAUAACAUAAGUGAUGAAAAUGAAGGAAACUCUAUAUUAGAACAUUAUUCUUUUUUACUUACUGUUUUAAUUUUCACAUAUUUAUAUAUUGCAAUUUAUAAUUAA